GGAACUGCUGCCUCAUAAUUAACAGGCAGAAAAGGAAUCAUUUCCAGAGACAAUCCCUGAGAAAAGGAGGAAGGAAUCGCCAGGAGACAGAGGAUGGGGUUGCAACCGAUGAAUCAUCUGAAAGGCAUGAGUUUAUCACUGGUCCUGCUGCCGGUUCUACUCGUAGUGUUCGUUGUGGGGGCACAGAAAGCUUGUCCAAAGAACUGCCGGUGUGACGGGAAGAUUGUAUACUGUGAGUCCCAUGCCUUCAGAGACAUCCCGCAGAAUAUUUCAGGUGGAUCACAGGGAUUGUCUUUACGUUACAACAGCAUCCAAAAGUUGAAGUCAAACCAGUUCUCCGGCCUUAACCAGCUGGUAUGGCUUUACCUUGACCACAAUUAUAUUAGCUCAGUGGAUGAGGAUGCCUUCCAAGGUAUCAGAAGGUUGAAGGAGCUUAUUUUGAGUUCUAACAAAAUUACCAAUCUGGCCAAUGCCACUUUCCACCCAGUACCUAACCUCAGAAAUUUGGAUCUAUCCUAUAACAAGCUUCAGACGCUUCAAUCUGAGCAGUUUAAGGGUCUUCGGAAGCUUUUGAGUUUGCAUCUACGUUCCAACUCUCUGAAAACAGUUCCAGUUAGGGUUUUUCAAGACUGCCGCAACAUGGAAUUAUUGGAUGUGGGAUACAACCGGCUCAGGAGUUUGUCUCGCAAUGCCUUUGCUGGCCUCCUGAAGCUGAAGGAACUCCACCUGGAACAUAACCAGUUCUCUAAGGUGAACUUUGCUCACUUCCCUCGCCUUUCUAACCUGCAUUCUCUAUUUCUGCAGUGGAAUAGGAUCAGGUCCAUUAGCCAAGGAUUAACUUGGACUUGGAGUGCUCUGCACAACCUCGAUCUGUCGGGAAAUGACAUACAGAACAUUGAACCUGGCACUUUCCAGUGUCUCCCCAAUCUGCAGAAACUCAAUCUGGAUUCCAACAAGCUCACCAAUGUCACCCAGGAAACCAUAAAUGCUUGGAUAUCUCUGACUUCUAUAACAUUAUCUGGAAACAUGUGGGAAUGCGGCAAAACCAUAUGUCCUCUGGUCUUUUGGCUUAAAAACUUUAAGGGAAACAAAGAGAGCACCAUGAUCUGUGCUGGUCCUAAACACAUCCAAGGCGAGAAGGUGAUUGAUGCAGUGGAAACAUACAAUAUCUGCAAUGAAACUCCUGUGUUGGUGACCGAAAGAGCUUAUCAGACAACCAAAGCUCCACCGAAACCACAAUAUGUACCCAAGCCUACAGUGUACAAGUUGGUAAGUGUACCUCCAACUUCAUACACACCUAGUCCUUCUCCUGGUCUUCAGACACCAAUGGCAGAACAAGAAUAUGAGCAUGUUUCCUUCCAUAAAAUCAUCGCUGGGAGUGUGGCACUUUUCCUGUCCGUGGCCAUGAUCUUAUUAGUCAUAUAUGUAUCAUGGAAAAGGUAUCCGGCCAGCAUGAAGCAACUGCAGCAAAGCUCCAUGAUGAAGAGAAGGCGGAAAAAGGCCAGAGAGUCAGAAAGACAAAUAAACUCUCCAUUACAGGAGUACUACGUGGACUACAAACCUUCCAACACGGAACCCAUGGAUGUAUUGGUUAAUGGAUCAGGACCCUGUACAUAUACAAUCUCUGGCUCCCGGGAAUGUGAGGUAUGA